AAAGCGCCCCUGGCAAAAGUUGCCUUUGGACGUGCAACCCUUCUUCCCCCCUCUACCCUACUUUUACGACUAUUCUACGAUGGAUCCAAAUUUCGUUCAAGGCCUUCAUCAUCUCCUUGUCCAAUCGACCGCUAAUGAUACCGUUCAACUCAAAGCUGCCACCGCUCAGCUGAACAGAGAGUAUUACAAGCAUCCGGCUUGCAUUCCUGCUCUUGCAAGCAUUCUCGCAAGUUCCCCAGAACAAUCUAUUCGCCAACUCUCAGCUGUCGAACUUCGAAAACGUAUCAGCCAAAAUUCCGGCGAUCUAUGGAUUCAGGUUUCACAAGAGGAGAGGAAUUUGAUUAAGACGAAGUUGCCAGAAAUUGUCCUUAGUGAGCCAAGCAAGCUCGUUCGUCACUCGGCGGCGCGAGUGAUCGCAGCUAUCGCCGGCAUUGAAAUGCCUCUUGGCACAUGGAACGAACUUCUUCCCUUCCUCCAAUCAACAUGUGUAUCCCCCCAAGUUGCUCAUCGAGAAGUCGGUAUCUACAUCCUAUACACCGUUUUCGAAAACAUAGUCGAGGGCUUCGAGAACCAUCUUCAAAAUUUCUUCAAACUCUUUGAGAGCUUGCUUCAAGACCCCGAGAGCAUCGAAGUUCGCGUUACGACAGUCAAGGCCCUUGGUACUAUCGCUCAAUAUCUUGAUAUUGACGACAAGGCCGAUAUCAAAGCUUUCCAAUACCUCCUGCCUUCGAUGAUCAACGUCAUCGGUCAAUGCGUUGAGAGCGGCGAUGAAAUUGGCGCUCGCCAGCUCUUCGAUGUAUUGGAAACCCUUCUUAUCCUUGAAAUCCCUAUUCUCGGACCCCACAUCCCUCAACUCGUCGAGUUCCUCCUCCGCUGUGGUUCUAACCGCAACUACGAUAACGAGAUACGUGUUCAAGCUCUCAAUGCACUUAACUGGACCAUUCAAUAUAAAAGAGCCAAGGUUCAAAGCCACGGCUUGGCACCUACCCUCCUGGAGGGACUCAUGCCUAUCACUACUGAGGAAGAGCCUGAGGAUAUUGAUGAAGAUGCUCCCUCCCGGUCUGCUCUCCGUAUCAUCGACGGGCUCGCGACGAACCUUCCGCCCAACCAAGUAUUCCCAGCUCUUCGCCAACUCAUCCAACAAUACUUCUCGUCUGCUGAUCCUAACCAGCGUCGCGGCGCUAUGCUCGCUCUCGGUGUCUCCGUCGAGGGUUGCAGCGAGUUCAUGACUCCUCUUAUGGGCCAGGUGUGGCCUGUUGUCGAAGCCGGCCUCCGCGAUCAGGAUGCUAGUGUCAGAAAGGCCAGCUGUAUCGCCGUCAGUUGUUUGUGCGAGUGGUUGGAGGAGGAGUGCACUGCUAAGCACGCCACUCUCAUUCCCACUAUCAUGCAACUCGUAAAUGACCCCGCGACUCAACGAACUGCUUGCACCGCUCUCGACGCCCUCCUCGAGGUCUCUCACAACGUCAUCGAGCAGUACCUCCCUCUUAUCAUGGAACGUCUCGCUGGCCUCCUCGAGACUGCUCCUAUCGCCGUCAAGUCAGUCAUCAUCGGUGCCAUCGGCAGCGCCGCCCAUGCUUCUAGAGAUAGGUUCCUGCCUUACUUCCAGCCUACUAUGGAACGUCUGCAACACUUCCUCAUUCUCACUGGCGAAGGCGAAGAGCAGGAAUUACGCGGUAUCACCAUGGAUGCAGUCGGCACUUUCGCUGAGGCCGUUGGCAAGGAUGUCUUCCGACCUUACUUCUCCGAUAUGAUGAAGCAAGCGUUCGAGGGCAUGCAACUGGGCAGUGCGAGGCUCAGAGAGUGCAGUUUCCUCUUCUUUGGUGUCAUGGCCAAAGUCUUCGAGGACGAGUUUGCCCCUUACCUUCCGAACGUCGUCCCUGCUCUCGUUCAGAGCUUGGAACAAAAUGAGCAAGGCGACGAGACCGCUUCCUUAUCCUCCAACCCCGAAACUGUCGCUGCUUUCGCCUCUGGCUCUACACCCGCUACCGCCAUAAAAAUUGAAGAGGGUGUUAACGGCGAAAUUGAUAUCGAGGACCUUUCUUAUGAUCUGGACAAGCUGCUCGACGUGAACAGUACCAUUUGCAUCGAAAAAGAGAUUGCCGCUGACACUAUCGGCGUCCUCAUGAAUGCAACCCGCCACCACUUCCUCCCUUACAUUGAGAAGUGCACAGUUGAGCUCGUGGGCCAACUUCCUCACUACUAUGAUGGCAUCAGGAAGUCCGCCACCGACUCCCUCUUGGAGAUCGUGAGGACAUUCUAUGAGCUCAGCGGUGGUUCUGAUUGGCAACCUGGUGCAGCCAACGUUGGGUACCUUGACCCGCGAGUCAAGGAGCUCAUUGGCCAUAUUCUUCCUCCUCUCUUGGAUAUGUACGAAUCUGAGGAUAACAAGAAAGUCGUAGCUGGUCUUUGCAUCGGACUCGCAGAGACUAUCAACAAGGUUGGCCCGGCUUUCCUCAAUGGCAAGGCUGAACAGCUCGCCAACAUUGCCAUGCAAGUUCUAGACCAGAAGGCUGUCUGCCAACAAGAUCCCGACCAGGAUGAGACUGAUGAGGCUCCCGAGGAUACUGCGGAGUACGAUUCCAUCCUCAUCUCAUCAGCUGGUGACUUGGUCGCUUCGCUCGCAAACGCUCUCGGUCCCGAUUUCUCGCAAGCGUUCCCCACUUUCUUCGCACUCAUUGCCAAGUACUACAAAAAGAACCGUUCAUUGAGCGACCGCUCUUCUGCAAUUGGAUGUCUCGCCGAAAUCAUUGCUGGUAUGAAGAGCGCUGUCACUCCUCACACCGAAGCACUCCUCGAUCUCUUCUAUCGCGCCUUGAGCGACCCUGAGUCUGAGGUUCAGACCAAUGCUGCAUUCGCAGCUGGUCUCCUCGUCGAGCAUUCUGAGAUGGACCUCUCACCUCAAUAUCUCCACCUUCUCGCCGCCCUCCGACCCCUCUUCGCAGUCACCCCAGAUUCGCCUUCCGGACGCUUCAACGCUCGUGACAAUGCCGUCGGUGCUGUCGCUCGUCUCAUCGCACGCAACACAGCUGCCGUCCCCCUCGACCAAGUCCUGCCUGUCUUCUUCGAUGCUCUUCCUCUCAAGCACGAUUUCCUCGAGAACCGACCGGUGUUCAAGGCUAUUUUCCACUUAUUCGCUACUCAGCCUCAAGUGUUGAGCCCGUACUUGGACAAGCUGUUGCAAGUGUUUGCAUAUGUUCUUGAUCCCAGUGGACCCGAUCAAGUUGGUGACGAAGUUCGCGCCGAGUUGAUUCGUCUCAUUGCCUUGAUCAACUCUGAGCAACCCGCCAAGGUUCAGGCUGCUGGCUUGACUGCCUUCUUGUAAUGGAUAGGGAGAGGAUGAGUGAAGAGGGUAGUCAAACGGAGCCAGAGGGGUUUUUAUGCUUUAGAGCGGGUUGUACUUCGUGCUACAGGGGGGUUUUCUUUUGAUGUUUUUGCUUUGCCACAAUGACUGUCGGGUCCAUACCAUGUUGUCAUCACCAUCCUGCAGUACUACUAGUCUUUUCUCUCGUGUUCGUGUUUUCGUUUACCAUCCCACGUAGAAACUCGUAUGUCUAUAGCUUUCAUGCAAUUGGUUGUCCGAAUAAGGAGUGGUUGACACUUCAGAUCUGGGAACCGAGUCAUUUAGACUUCGUCAGACAGUAUAUCGACAAUUGGUAUUAUUGCGGCGGAAGUUGGGGAAUGAAAUAAGUAGCGUAAGC